AUGUUUAUUCGUACCAUAAAACAUGGAAUUUGCAUUAUUUUAUUAUAUGUUGAUGAUAUUCUUAUAUCUGGCAAUGAUUUAACUUCCAUCAAGGAUGUGAAGCUACGAUUGCAAGAAGAAUUUCAAAUGAAGGAUCUUAGGGAAGUAUCUUAUUUUCUUGGCCUUAAGAUCUCUCUCUCUAAACGUGGCAUUUACAUUCAUCAACAGAAGUAUGCACUUGAUCUUGUUUCCAGUGCCCGCUUGAAUGAUGUGAAGGUUGUUGGUACGCCCAUGGAACUCAAUGUUAAACUUUCUACACAUGUUGGAGAUCCUCUUCUUCAGCCUACGAUGUAUCGCAAACUAGUUGGCUCCCUCAUCUAUCUUAUUAUGACUCGCCUAAAUAUUGCAUAUGUUGUCCAUGUUGUGAGCCAAUUUGUUUCAGAUCCUCGAUGA